AUGACCCACGUCUUCGUGUACGGCACCCUCAAGAGAGGACAGCCCAACCACGAGGUCAUGCUAGACUGUACCAAUGGCUUGGCGGUUUUCCGGGGUCGAGGCCGCACGGUGGAGCCCUACCCAUUGGUGAUAGCUGGAGAGCACAACAUUCCAUACCUGCUGAACCUCCCAGGAAGGGGCCACUGUGUGGCUGGAGAGAUCUAUGCUGUGGAUGACAAGAUGCUGCAGUUCCUUGAUGAAUUUGAAGACUGCCCAGACAUGUACCAGCGCACUCUGGUGAGGAUUGAGGUCCUUGAGGGGGAAGACAGAUGCAGUGUCCCUGAGGAGAUGCUGGCUGCUAACAAGAUUGUACAGUGUUUUCUGUACAGUACAGCCACCUACUCGGCAGAGUGGGUCCAUCUCCCAUACCAUGACAAUUACGACUCUCAGGGGAAUCACGGGCUUCGUUAUAAUCCACGGGAAAACAGAUGA